UCCUGAAUCCGUUAACGUAAAGCCAUUGAAGAUUCAACCUGCUCAAAACAAUUCAUAGGAUCCACCGGAUUAAAGGUCGCUUGGCCAUAAGAAGCACUGCAAAGGCUGAUCAGGGGAUGUUCGAAUACAGAGCCAGAAGAUCUCCUGCUGCAUCUAAAGAGCACCACUCCAUAAAUGCUGGAUAAAACUGCCAUCAAUUUUAGUGGUAGAAAAGCUCAUUGUUUGGUUUUUCACACUGCAAUUUUGGUGCUCUGUUCACCUGAAGGACUACUCCCUUCAUUUCUCGGAACAACCUGCUGGCAUGGUCAUGGUCAAUAGCAUCAGUGGGAUAAACUGAUAUAUACCCAUUUCGUUUUUAUUUUGAUUUGAUUUUAUUCUUUUCAGUCUGUUCUUUGUUUGGGUUACUUGUUCCACCUAUUCCAUGACAUUAGUCGGGUCACUGUUCUAACAGGGGAGACGUCCGAAACCUUUACAUACGAGAUAUGAGCUUUGUCGUCCCCCUCUCUACCAGAAAAACCCCACAAGAAGAAGAGCUCGAACAAGAGGCAUACAUUGAUUUUUUAAUCCAAAAAUGUUCGAACAUGCGUAUUGUGCACCAAAUCCACGCCCAUUUUCUAGUACAGGGCCUCCCCUCCACCACCUUAUCUUACGCUCUGAACAAGAUCGUGGGCUUUUGUGCCCUCUCGCCUGUUGGGGACAUUGAUUAUGCCCGAAGUGUGUUUUCUCGGAUUCGAAACCCAAGCAUAUUUUCUUGGAAUUGCUUGAUCAGGGGUUGUUCCCUUCUGGAAAUCCCAUCUAAAGAGCCGUUCUUUUUAUUCAAAAGGUUGAUUCAAAGGGGUUACCCUAGUCCGAACAGCUUCACCCUGGCAUUUGUCCUCAAGGCGUGUUCAAUAGUUUCGGCUUUUAGUGAAGGACUGCAGAUCCAUUCCCAUGUUCUGAGAUCCGGGCUCGGUUCGAGUCAGUUCAUACAAACUGCACUCGUCAAUUUUUAUGCAAAAUGUGAGGAGAUUCGGUUUGCUAGAUGUGCGUUUGAUGAAAUUCCUGAGAGGAAUUUAGUCGCUUGGAGCACCAUGAUUAGUGGGUAUACUAAAACUGGGCUGGUUAAUGAAUCUUUGAGUUUGUUUAGGGAAAUGCAAAAGACAGAGAUUAGUCCGGAUAAGGUUACCAUGGUCAGUGUACUUUCUGCUUGUGCUGCUGCUGGGGCAUUGGGCUUGGGAAGAUGGGUCCAUGCAUUUAUUGAUAAGCAUAUGAUUAAUGUCGAUCUUGAACUCGGUACUGCACUUUUUAACAUGUACACUAAGUGUGGGUGCAUUGAGAAAGCACGGGAAUUAUUUGAUGGGAUGCCUAUGAGAGAUACCAAAGCUUGGAGCUCGAUGAUCAUGGGCUUGGCAAUUCAUGGCCUUAAAGAGGAUGCUUUACAUUUCUUUUCUCAGAUGGUAGAAAUGAAGGUUAAGCCUAAUAAGGCAACCUUUGUUGGUGUUUUAUCUGCUUGUGCUCAUGGUGGGCUGGUAGCUGAAGGUUGGAGAUAUUGGUCAUGCAUGCUCAAGCUUGGAAUUGAACCAUCAAUUGAGCAUUAUGGUUGCAUGGUUGAUCUGCUAUGUCGCGUUGGCCUUGUUGAAGAAGCAUGCACUUUUGUUGAAGCCAUGCCCAUAUCACCAAAUCCAGUAAUUUGGAGGACAUUACUUGUAGGAUGUAGGAAGAGUGGUCUUUUGGAUAAAGGGGAGAUUAUCGCAGGGCAGCUUCUUGAACUGGAGCCUUUGAAUGGGGAGAAUUACAUUCUUUUAUCAAAUAUGUAUGCAUCAAGUUCACAGUGGGAGAAAGCGAAAUAUGUGAGGAAGAAGAUGAAGGACAAUGGCCUGAAGUUGGUUCCUGGUUGCAGUUCAAUAGAGAUUGAUGGUUUUAUACAUAAGUUUGUGAUGGCUGAUGGAUCCCACCCAGAGACAAAGGAGAUAACUAGACUUUUGGAGGAUAUAUCUGAUCGCAUUCGUCAUGCUGGGCAUGAGCCAUGUACAUCAGAUGUUCUACAUGAUGUGAGUGAUGAAGAGAAAGAAAAUGCUCUUUUUGAGCACAGUGAAAGGUUGGCUAUUGCUUAUGGAUUACUAAAGACAAAGGCUCCUGUGGUGAUUCGAGUGGUAAAGAACUUAAGGUUCUGUGGGGAUUGCCAUGAGGUGACAAAAUUAAUCAGUAAAAUAUAUGAGCGGGAGAUCAUUGUCAGGGACCGAGUUCGGUUUCACAGAUUCAUUGAUGGAGCCUGCUCUUGUAAGGAUUUUUGGUGACUUAUCCUAUGAAUCUUCUGAAUAUCUUAGAGUGGGGAAAGCUCCAGAAGGUAAAGCCCCAUACCAACAUAUAUGGAUAAAAUGUCCUAUAUGCAUGGCCAUCUCCUCAGACUGUGUUCAUGUCAAACUAAAUUCUAACCAUCAGAAUGAGUGAAAUCUUGUCGAAAACAUUAUCAGUUGACCCCUCCAUAGGUGUGCUGAGUAGAUGGAAUAGAAGUAUGUUUGGAAAUAUCUUCACUGAAGAAAGGAGGUUGUGGCAAGAAUUGGUAAUGUUACAAGCUGCUGAACAAUCAAUUUAAUUGUUAGAUGGGCAAAAGAACAAGAAGAAAGAAAGAGUGAAUUCUGAAUGUUAUCGUUGGUACCACAUGCAGAGGGAAGCACAAAUGCAUGUAUAGUUGGUGCAGCAUAUAUCAAUGGAGAUUGAAUGAUGUCAAAAUUCAGUUAACAGUGCAUACAAUGGAAACACAUUCAAUAAUUGAUGUUGUUGGUAGGUUGAUGAUCUGCAUGAAUAGAACAAGUGAGCAAAAACAGAUUCCUUUCUGGUUUGGGCUUUGUUUUUUGCAGCUUUCAAAAUUCAGAUCUUUUGUCCAAAGCAGCAGACCUUAGAUGUUGGCAUUUUAGUACAAACUACAAACCAACAAACUUUAGACAUUGCCAUUUCAGUAUUUUCUGCUCCAUAUCAACUCAAAAAAACAUUGUAAAUAUAUGCAUCCAUGAUCAUUCACAACCCCAUCAGGUUUUUCCAUUGCCACAAGAUUCCAACAUCUAAUAUACAUACUAACAACAAAAUGGGUGUACAACAGCGUGCUCUCCUUGCAACAAAUGGUAUCUGCACAUAGGAAGGGUAUGGAGCGUGGAAGGUUGCUCCCCCUAGCCUUUAUGAUCCCUAGACAUGGUAUUCAUAUAGUGAAUGUGAGGUUAUCCCCCUUAGUGUUAUUAUGUCUGCACAUGGGAUGUUUGUCGAGUGUGUUAAAUACCCUUUCGGUUCUUUUCCUGCCUAUGUCCUCGGAACUCUAUCCUCUACUCUUUUUGAAGUUCUCUAAACCCUACUUGCUUCUUUUUUCUCAGGUGAAACCCUAACUUACAUUCUUCUGUGCUUUUCGAAACCCUAUCUUGUCUUUCAUGUGUCUGUUUCUCCCCUUUUGUUGUGCUCUCCUUGGCWCCCAAGCGUUUGUUUCUUCCUUCUUGUCCUGUUCUCUUACUUUGUGGCGUUCCAGGUCUUGUGCAUGGUGACUGGUAGGGCAUUGUGCUUUCCUCCUGUUGAAGGUACAUUGGUUUCUACUGUGACAUGUUUUUUAGGUGUUUUGGUUCAUUGAUUUUUAGAUGUGUUUUUUAAUGUUUUGGAUUUUGGAGUUUAUUGAUAGUUUUGUACAUAUGGGAAAAAAGUCACUGGCCGGCUUCACCUUCUCUCUAAAACCCUAUCUUUCCAUUGGUCUUUUCACCAUUUGUCACUGGCGGAUUUUGCCCCCUUAUCUUUGGAAAGAUUCAGUAUUCAUCACCAGUUGUUGCUGUUGCCAUUGCAUCUGUACGUUCAUGCAUGCGAAGUUUAUUUGACCCUUGAAAGAGAAAUCCUAGAUUUCACAUGUGCUCCCCUACCAGGCCCACCCCAUGUGGGAAAUGUCUUCCAACCUUCUUGAAAGCUAUAUCGAGCAUUUUUGCCCCUCCCAUUCUCUUCCCCCUUCUUUUCCCCCUUGUGUCUAUCAUGGGAGUUAGGCUUGGAUUUUUUGGAACAUUUCUGGUGAGGUUUCUUUGUUGUCUCUCUGGGUGUCUGGAGAAGUCUUCUAGAGCAAAAAUCUUUCCUUUUCCUUCUGUGUCACAAGUUACUACAUCGAGUAUUGCUUCUUCAUCAGGUAAUUGCUUUUUUCAAAGAUGGUGCUCAUGAAGGUUCAGUCGGUGAAAAGGUGGAUUUCCAUUGUA